CUUAUAGUAUCGAUAACAUUUACAUACAAUGAUGUGUAAAUUAAAGUGUGGUGUAAUUCGAAAAUAGACAGAAAUUAUGUUCAGUGACUUGCGAUGUAAAGAAAUAAUAGUUAAUGAGUGAAAUAUAGGAAAACAAACAGUAAGCCGGAUUUCCGAUUGUUCACUAGAAAACUAUCGCCGUUCCAUAAUUCAGAUAUACAUACAAAAUUGUCAUUUUUUGCUAAAUAUUAAAAAAAGUGUAAUAAAAUCAUUUAACGUUCCAGUGUAUAUUGCAUUGCUUUAGAAUUAUUAAGAAAAUACAAAUUUUCUUUAACUGGUAUACAACGUUGUAUGUUUACAUGAUGGUCAUACAAGUUAUUGCUCCAAGUUAAAUUAUCUUGAAUGGAACGGAUAAUAAAAAUUGCAAGAAUGACACCAACGCAAAGGAAAUUUUAAUAUUUACGUAAAAUUUCAAAUAAAUAAGGGACAUACAAGCGCCUACAAGUAACAAUUUCAUAAAUAAGGUAGCUUUGAUAGUCCUGUUUAAGGAGCGAUUGUGGAGAUGAAUUUUGUUCUUAGUGUGUUGUUAAUAGCAAUUCUUAAAGAUAAGUAUGAUUACUGGCUGCCAUCGAGGACAGGUUGUCAAACCCUGGCAGCAAAUAUAUGGUCUGACAAGACGACUGCGCAAAAUGAGCCGAUAAAUUUGACUAAUGCAAAUGCACCGAUAAAGAAUGCAAAGAAUCUGAAUUCUACGAUUACAAAUGUAGCUGCGUUUGACACCAAAUUGAAUCACCUAUUAGUGGACACCAUUACUGGACGAGUCUUCGUUGGUGGUGUUAACAGGUUGUAUCAGUUGUCGCCUGAUUUGGAGCUUUCCGAAACUGUGAAAACGGGGCCUCAAAAUGAUUCCGUCGAGUGUAGCAUUCUUGAUUGUCCAUUAAAUGCAGUUCGCAGUCCGACGGACAAUUAUAAUAAGGUCUUGCUCAUUGAUCGUGCAACUUCAAGACUUAUUGCGUGUGGAUCACUAUUUCAAGGUACAUGCACAGUUCGUAAUCUUCAAAAUGUCAGCAUAAUUGAGCAUGAAGUUCCUGAUGCUGUUGUGGCUAAUGAUGCCAACUCCUCAACCGUAGCAUUUAUUGCGCCGGGACCUCCACAACAUCCGGUGACUAAUGUGAUGUACGUCGGAGUUACAUACACAAAUAAUUCACCGUACCGCAGUGAAAUUCCCGCAGUUGCAUCCCGCUCCCUCGAAAAGACUAAAAUGUUUCAGAUUGCUUCCUCGGCAGUUACAACUGGAACGAGAACUUUUAUAAACUCAUACGCACGUGAAACAUAUUUUGUCAACUAUGUUUAUGGAUUCAGUUCUGAGCGAUUUUCUUACUUUCUAACAACACAGUUAAAGCACAGUCACCAUUCUUCUCCUAAAGAGUACAUAACGAAACUCGUACGAAUAUGUCAGGAAGACUCGAACUAUUAUUCUUACACUGAAAUUCCAGUGGAAUGUAUAAGUGAUGCUCAAGGCGGCACUAAAUUCAACUUGGUUCAGGCUGGAUUCUUGGGAAAACCUAGCUCAGACCUGGCUCAAAGCUUAGGUAUAUCUAUUCAAGAUGAUGUCCUCUUUGCUGUUUUUUCAAAAGGAGAAGGGAAUACACCAACGAACAAUUCUGCACUCUGCAUUUACUCAUUAAAAUCUAUUCGUCGAAAGUUUAUGCAAAACAUAAAAUCCUGUUUUAACGGAAGUGGCAUGAGGGGCCUGGACUUUAUAUCACCCAGCAUGCCAUGUGUUCUAACGAAACUGCAAACCAUUGGAGAGGACUUCUGUGGAUUAGAUGUAAACUCACCUUUAGGAGGAGAAACCCCCAUUACUUCAGUACCGGUGGCCAUGUUUAACACAAAGUUAACUUCUGUUGCUGCUACGAGUACAAGCGGGUAUACCGUUGUCUUCGUGGGGACUAGCGAUGGAUUUCUUAAGAAAGUUGUAAUCGAGUCUUCAUCUAUUGCCAACGAGUAUGCUAGUUUUGCAGUAGAUUUAGGGUCUGAAAUUAAUCGGGAUAUGCAGUUUGACAACCAAAACCUUUAUAUAUAUGUUAUGUCCAAAACAAAAGUAUCCAAGGUUAAAGUAUUUGAUUGCUCUGAUUACAAGACAUGUGGAGAUUGCUUAGGUGCUAGAGAUCCAUAUUGUGGCUGGUGCUCAUUGGAAAAUAAAUGUAGCCCACGCUCCAACUGCCAAGACGACGCAAACGAUCCUCUCUAUUGGGUUAGCUAUAAAACAGGGAAAUGUACAACAAUAACAAGUGUUGUGCCACACCAGCUACAACGUACUACAGCUCGAACCUUAGAGCUAAUCAUAGAUCAUUUGCCUCAGCUGAAAGAGAAUUUAAUAUGUGCUUUUACUACAGAGGAUAAAGCCCUUUUCACUAAUGCUACAAAAAAACGAAAUGGCGUAAACUGCACGACACCACGAACGGAUAUGCUACCCCAAAUUGAACAAGGGAAACAUCACUUUACUGCCAAACUAUCUGUUCGCACCAGAAAUGGACCCGACUUAGUGUCCACGGAUUUUACUUUCUUUGAUUGCAGUACGCACUCUUCUUGUACACGUUGUGUGUCCUCGGAGUUUCCAUGUGAUUGGUGUGUUGAAGCUCACAGGUGCACACACGACACAGCUGAAAACUGCCGGAACGAUAUUUUGGUAACAGGUGUUAGCCGGAUAGGUCCUAGUUACAGAUCAGGUCCCGGAUUUUGUCCAACGAUCAACGCUACAGGUGAUGGAAGUGAAGUACUUGUCGCUGGUGGUACAAGCAAAUCCAUUAAAGUAAAAGUUCAUAUUAUUGGGCAAUUUAUAGUUCAAACGCGGUUUGUUUGUCAAUUUAAUAUUGAGGGACGUGUAACUAGUUUAAACGCUCAGUUGUUGGGUGACACCAUUUACUGCGAUAGCAUGGAAUUUCAGUAUACUUCUAGAUCGCCCAAUUUGACAGCAACUUUCGCUGUAAUAUGGGGCGGGUCGAAGCCACUUGACAAUCCUCAUAAUAUACAUGUUGUUAUAUAUCGAUGUCGAGAAAUGGCCGACAGCUGUGGUAUAUGCUUGGCCCUAUCUGAAAAGUACAAUUGCGGAUGGUGCUCGUCUACUAAUACAUGCGAAGUUGAAGAACAAUGUAAUAAAAACAAAGAGGGGAAAACUGAUUGGUUAAAUCGAAGUGAAAUUUGCCCAAACCCUGAAAUUCAUACAUUCCAACCAAAAACAGGUCCCUGGGAAGGAGGAACAAAUAUAACAAUACGAGGAAUUAAUUUAGGCAAAAACUAUAACGAUAUUUAUUCAGGAGUUCGAAUAGCUGGUAUAAAUUGUAUGCCGUUUCCUCAAUUUUAUAUUGACACUAAGCAAAUAGUAUGUACCGUGGAUAGUCCUGGAGAACAGAUGUAUAGAAAUGGCAAAAUAGUGGUACAAAUUGGGGACUACCGUGGUGAGUCCAAAGAGGACUACGAGUUCGUUGACCCGAAAAUUUUGGAUUUUAAUCCAAAGUUUGGUCCAACUUCAGGUGGAACCGAAAUACAUAUAACUGGAAAGCACUUAAAUGCCGGCUCUCGUAUACAGGCAUCCAUAAACGAUCACUUACCGUGUAAAAUACUAAGCACAGAUUCUUCUCAAGCAAUAUGUCGCACUUCUGCUUCCCCUGGUAUUAUUGAAGGAAGACUAAAAAUGUCUUUUGAUAAUGGGCCCCGAGAGUUUAAUGACUACAAUUUUAAAUAUGUACUGGAUCCUACAGUUGAACACGUUAGUUCUGGACCAAGCGGGCAAAUAAAAGUUCCAAAAGGAAUACCAGCAGGCGGUAUACGAAUUUCUGUAACGGGUACCCAAUUUACCAGUAUACAAAAUCCCAAUAUUUAUGUAGUGUAUAAUGGAGAGAUGUAUGCAAGCCCAUGUCGGGUGCAAUCGGAUACGGAAAUGGAAUGUGCAUCUCCAGUUGUUGAUGUGGACAGCCAUGUUAUUGAAGCGGAAAGGCCAAUUCUUCUUGAAUAUGGGUUCCUAAUGGACAAUGUUUUGCGUGUUCAAAAUUUAUCUAAGGUUCAUAACAACCAUUUCGAGCUUUACCCAAAUCCAGAGUAUUUUAUAUUCGAAGAAAGAGUUAAGUACUUUAAGAGUGAAUACUUAACCAUAAAUGGCCGAAAUUUGGAUCGCGCUUGCAAAGAAAGUGAUGUAGAAGUAAAGAUAGGAAAUGGAUUUUGCAAUAUUACAUCACUUUCAAGACAACAACUAACAUGUAGACCUCCUUCUGAAGCAACAGCAACCAAAAGCAUGAAUGGACCUGAAGUAAUUGUUCGUAUUGGAACUUCGCUAGAGUAUCGUAUCGGUAUACUUAGCUACGAAUCGUCUAACAUCAUUUUGGAUUGGGGAGAAAAUGUAAUUUUUGCUGUAAUAGCCACAAUUGUUAUCUUGCUGCUGAUUUUUGUUGCUUUGCUUGUGGCUUAUAAAAAGAAAAGUUCGGAAUCGAGCCGAGUUCUUCGAAACAUGCAGGAGCAGAUGGACAUUCUGGAGCUACGAGUCGCAGCUGAAUGUAAAGAGGCCUUUGCCGAACUCCAAACUGAAAUGACUGAUCUCACAGGCGAUCUUACUUCUGGAGGCAUUCCAUUUUUGGAUUACCGGUCAUAUGCAAUGAAGAUUCUAUUUCCAAACCAUGAAGACCACAUUGUACUACAAUGGGAACGUCCUGAGCUUCUUCGGAAAGAAAAAGGCUUACGUAUUUUUGGCCAACUAAUCAUGAAUAAAACUUUCCUCCUGCUUUUUAUACGAACCCUGGAGUCCAACCGAUACUUCUCAAUGCGAGAACGAGUUAAUGUGGCCUCCUUAAUAAUGGUCACUCUGCAAUCUAAACUAGAAUAUUGCACAGAUAUAUUAAAAACUUUAUUGGGAGACUUGAUCGAAAAAUGUAUAGAAGGAAAGAGUCAUCCAAAGCUCUUACUACGACGAACUGAAAGUGUGGCAGAAAAAAUGUUAAGUGCUUGGUUUACAUUCCUUCUUUACAAGUUUUUGAAGGAAUGUGCUGGCGAGCCUUUAUAUAUGCUUUUCCGAGCUGUGAAAGGACAAGUAGACAAGGGUCCUGUUGACGCUUGUACACAUGAGGCAAGAUACUCCCUUAGUGAGGAAAAACUUAUACGACAGUCUAUUGAUUUUCGACCAAUGAACGUUUAUGCAAGCAUUAUACAGCAGCCAAUAUUUUGCAAUAACUUAGAUAUGUUACCUUCUCACACCGAAAAUGUAUCUGUUAAAGUAUUGGAUUGCGACACAAUUGGACAAGUGAAAGAAAAAUGCUUGGAAACCAUUUAUAGAAACAUUCCAUCAAGCCAAAGACCUCGAAAGGAUGACUUAGAUUUAGAGUGGAGAACAGGCGCUACUGGGCGAGUAAUUCUGUACGAUGAGGACGUAACAUCAAAAACGGAGAGCGAAUGGAAAAAGCUCAACACUUUGCAGCACUAUAAUGUUCCGGAUGGAGCCGGGCUAAGCUUAGUACCAAAGCAAAGUUCCAUUUAUAACUUCAGUAUUUUAUCGGACAAAAAUGAAAAAUCGCACAACCGCGCAGGAAGUCCUCUUAACAAUGAUAUGCAUGAAAAUGGUCUGAGAUACUGGCAUCUAGUAAAACAUCAUGAUAGUGAUAUGCAAAAAGAAGGGGAACGGGUUAACAAAUUAGUGUCAGAGAUUUACUUAACCAGGCUAUUGGCUACUAAAGGAACGCUUCAGAAAUUUGUAGAUGAUCUCUUUGAAACGAUAUUUAGCACCGCUCACCGUGGAUCGGCACUUCCAUUAGCUAUAAAGUACAUGUUUGAUUUUCUUGACGAUCAAGCUCAAUUGCACGGUAUUACUGAUCCAGAAGUUGUGCAUACUUGGAAAAGUAACAGCUUACCAUUGAGGUUUUGGGUGAACUUAAUUAAAAAUCCAAAUUUUGUCUUUGACAUCCAUAAAUCGAACAUAGUGGAUUCCUGCCUGUCAGUAGUAGCUCAAACUUUUAUGGAUUCUUGUUCGACUUCUGAUCAUCGAUUGGGCAAAGACUCACCAAGCUCGAAACUUCUGUAUGCAAAAGAUAUACCAGAGUAUCGAAAAUGGGUAGAUCGCUAUUAUAGAGACAUUCGGGAUAUGUCCCCCAUUUCAGAUCAGGACAUGAACGCCAUGCUUGCGGAAGAGUCAAGGCUGCACACAACAGAAUUUAAUACGAAUUGUGCUUUACAUGAGCUAUACACAUACGCUGUGAAGUACAAUGAACAACUAACUGUUACACUUGAAGAGGAUGAAUUUUCGCAAAAGCAGCGAUUGGCUUUUAAAUUAGAGCAAGUUCACAACAUAAUGUCGUCAGAAUAAGAGCUGCGCCAUCCUACCAAGAUGACAACAAAAUACUAAAAGUUCAACAUUAUGAAAAUCAUUUGUAUAUGUCGUAUUUGCUCAUUAAUUACUUAAUAGUAUGUUAUUGUAUGUAUGUAUGUAUUUAAUUUAAGUAAACUCAUGUAAGAUCUAAUAUGCAAGACAAGUAAUCUAACUAAAAAAAUCGACUGACUUUUAUUUAAACUAAAAAUGAACUAAUUGGUUUAUAUUUAUAUCCUUUCUUACCCAUAUUGAAGAUAAAAACUAUUUUGGCAUUCUUAAAAAUACAAAGCUAUCAAAUGUAAAUUUUAACAAUUUUAUUCGUCACAAAAUGUGAAAGCGAAAAAAUUUUAAAGCAUAUGGCCACAUUUAUUAAAAAUAAAUAAUUUAUUAAUUAUAUUCUUCCAAUUAUUUAUGCGUUAUGAUAUUUAUACAAAAAUAAUACUGAUUUAUAUGUCUUAUAUUUUUAUAGUUUUCUUUUUCCCGAGCAAGGAGUAUAAGUUGUUAAAAACUUAAAAUACCGACGCUUAAAUAGUUACCCUUAUAUAACUUAUUUAAAGAACUUAUGUGGGUCGCAGGGGUGUUCCGGUUUAUAAUGACAAAAAAGCUUUUUUUGCAAAUCUUCACGUUAUAUAUGGAUGUUAAGGGCAAUUAAAAAAAUAUUUUGUUUAAAAAUAUGUACUUUAAUUUACAUAAUUUACAAACAAAGUGUUUUGCUGUAAUCAUAACAAUAUAGAACGAAAAUCACGAAGACUUUCGAUUUUUUGUAACUUGUUUAAAAAUAUUUCUUUUGGACCUUGGAAGUCAAAUAUUGAAUUAUGGGACAAAAUGUGUCCUUUUUAGUUAAUUAUUACUAAUCAAAAAACAUGCAAAUGACUUGCGAACCUUCGAAAAUCUGUUAAAUAUUUGUGUAACAAUUUUCCAAUACAAUUGCAUUCGUGGCUUUGACGACUUUAUAAAUAUUCUUUGUGUGAAAAGCUACUACAGCUUUUACAAAAAUGCUCCGCACAUCCGCGUUGAAAGUCUGCUGUUGCAACCUCUGUUGCUUCUAUUAUCUUGAAAAUUCUUCCACCUACGCAGAACCUAUAUACAAUAUAACACAUUGUCAGGAUUCGAUAUUAAUUUUUCUCACUUUUUUUAAAGAGCCCCCAAAGGAAUAUAAUGUGAGAAAGUUUUCGAUACAAUUAUAGGUUCAAUGAAAAAUUCCAUCAAAGUAUAAUACAUUUCAUUUUUAUUACAUGUUAUUAGAUAUAGCCUGAAAUCAAUAUCAAAAUAUAUUUUUACAGAUAUAAUAAUACAGAAUAAUACAGAUAAUAGAACACAAUUAAUUCUUUGCUCUACGACAGUCGCACAAAAUUUGGAAAUAAAAAAUGCGACUAUUGGAAAUAAACUUUAAACGUAUCCAAAUAUAAUUAAACAUCUUAUGGUAAUCCAAAUGAAAUAAAUUAAAUCAUUUUAAAUAACCGCUUUACAAGUUAAAUGAUACAAAUUUAUUUGUAAUUACUUUUAUUUACAUCGAAUUAUUUGUUUGUUAUUCAAAGUUUGGAUGAAUAUACAAUAUUAGUUUAUGCUGUUAUAUAAGGUAUGAUUUAUUAUCUUAUAACAUUAUCUUACAAAAAGUUUUCGUUAUGCUAGUUGUUUUUAAAAUUAAAAAAUUUAAUUUGGUGACAUUUCAAAAUAACCAUGUUUCAACUGUUUUGAAUCAUUAACAAAAGUCGAUUAAAAGUCAAAAAUGCUAUAUUUUUUUGAUUCAACAUUUCAUCUGGUCAAUUUAUUGCUACUACGCAAAUAUACUUAAAAUUAGAAAAUAUACCUGUAGCACGUAAUGUAUAAGAAUAUAUUUUUCAUGUAUCUGUGUAUGUAUGUAAAAAUUAAUAAUUAAAAGUGUACAUAUUUAUUGAAUUGAGAAAUGGGUUGAUGACCGAUGACUCGGAUCUAUAAUGAAAAACAUUAAUUUGUACCAACAUAAAUUGAAAGCAAACGUAAAUUCCAAACUCAAAUUAAAUAUUCUGAUAUGCACAAAAAAAAUUCCCACCAAAUCGAUAUCCCAAUUAAGUAAACAAAACUGAACUUCGGAAUGCCGAAGAUUACAUACCCUUACAAAUAAAAAAUUAAGAGAUCGUAAUUUUUUCAUGAAACAGAUACAAAUAUUCUUAUAAUAAAAUCAUAAUCUAUCUUAUUUUAUAUUACACCGUAAGCUCGAUGUAUAAUUUGGUUAUCAAGAGAUUUUACAAAAUGUCAUAAAAAGAAUAAAAGCUUGAAAAGCUUUAUAUAGACUAAUCCAAGCAGAUCUAUACAAAAUAUACUAGAUUCGUUGCAAAGUAUGUAACAGGUUUAACAGGAAUCGUUUCCGACCAUGUAAGGUACAUACAUACAUAUUGAUCAGGAUCAAUAGCCGAGUCGAUCUGGCCCUGCCCGUAUGAACGUCGAGAUCUAAAAGCUAGAAGGUUGAGAUUAAACAUACACAUUAAACAUAAACAUAUCUAAAGACCCACAUUACCACGCCCACUCUAACGCCUAAAACUGCCACGGCCACACUUUUGGAAAAGGUUUCUAUAUUUUUCAUAUUUUUAUUGUAAAUAAAUUGUAAAUUUCUAUCGAUUUUCCCAAAAAUUUUUCAUAUUUUCUUGUACAUUUUUCGUUUUGAUAAAAAUAUCUUUGCCACUCCCACUCUAACUCCCACAAACCGCCCAUUUUUUCUAAUUAUAUUCUCCAAUGUCCAAUAUCGAUAUGCCAGAAAAAUGAUGAAAUUUUACGUUCUCACUUCAACUAUCUGAGUAUCGGGUAUCUAAUACUCGGGGAACUCGACUAUAGCUUUUCUCAUGUUUUCGUUUAUAUUAUGGUAUUGUUUAUACUGCGGAUUAAAUUCGGAACAUUUAAUAUAUUAUUUGGAAUAUGUGCUUAAGAAGGCUAUCCACAGAGAAAAUACAGACGUACAAUUUAACAAUAUGUGGGCUUAAAUAGUCCCAUUACCUUCACCAUCGAAUCAUGUCACCCAUCUAAUACUGAGAAUUUGAUGUGAUUAUUACACUCGUUACUUAUUUUCUUUUAAGAACAACAUAGAACUAAAUGCUCGAAAAAAAAAACAAUUUGAAAAUUUUUGUUUAACAAAAAUAUUUUUGCUCACCGCACAUUUAGAACAUUUAAAGUUUUUCCGCGAGCCUUGAAACAUCAGAAGAUUGGCACAUUAAACUUUAAAGAAAAAUUUUAUAUAAAGAUCUUGGGGGCAUAUUUUUUUAAAACAAUUAUGGAAACUAGCAAUCUUCGUGGUAGGGUAUAGACUAUUAUGCUUUUAUGUCAACACACUGUAAUUUUAUAAAAUCGUAUGAAAAAUUGCUCGAAAAUUUGUAUAUCCGUAACUUUUUGAGUAAAGCUUUAUUACUAGCAUCGUUAAAUGGUAUGUAACAGAAAGGAAGCGUUAUCGACAUUGGGGAGUAUGUAUAUUCUUGGAUAUUUCUGUAUUUUCCUUCGUCUGUCUUAUUCAAUUCAAAUGACAACCUUUUUACGACUCCCACCUUAAAAAACCAAUAAAACAACAAAAACUUUUUAUAUUUUUUAAUUGGUUUAUUAUUUGUCCUGCCAUGUUCUGCCGAUUGAGCAAAAAGCUCCAAAUGUUUUGCGAUGCUUACCAAUUUAUAUUGAUAUGAUGAGAAAAUAAAAAGAUCUUAUUAGUUAUAAAUUCGAUCUCCCAAUUUUUGCAAGGGUAUAAAUAAGUAUCAAAACAAAGAAAUCCGAGUCCACUAUAAUGUAUAUGUAUAUCCAACAAGUAUAUAUAAGAAUGUCAGACUUACUGUGGAAACGAAACGUUGAACAGUCUUAAAACACGUAAGAACAUUUAUAAUGAUAAUUAUGGUAUUUUAAUCUGUGUGUAUACGUGUCUGUAAAAUAUUUGAAAAAAUAUACAACUCUAAACUG